CAGAAGUCAGCCAGCCUGAGAAUGCUCCUGUUACUGGCACUGCUGGGGGCAGCCAUGGCCUUGCGCACCCUCCCUCCCCAAGGAAGCCUGGACACUGUGGCUGAUUUCUUUCUGGCUUCUUCGACCCCUGCUCCCCUCCCAAAGGUACAGUGCUGGGUCUUCAAUGUUGAAUUUAUGAAUUGCACCUGGGACAAUAGCCCUGGACCCCAGUCUACCAACCUGACCCUCUACUACUGGUAUAGGGAUCCACCCAAGGAAUGUGGCCGGUACAUAUUUACUGGGACCAUCACUUCGGGCUGUUGGUUUGGCAGUGACGAUAUCGAUAUUUACAAAAACUUCAAUCUGGAUCUCUGGGCUCCUGGGGAAGCUGGUAGACAUUCCAAGCAGGAAAUAAAGCUCCAGGAUCAGGUGAUCCCUUGGGCUCCUGACAACUUGACAGUCUACAAUGUGAGUGACUCACAGCUAGAGCUCAGCUGGACCAACAGUUACAAGGCCAUGUGUCUGGAACACCUGGUACAAUAUAAGAGUGACAUUGACUCCGGCUGGACAGAGCAGACUGUACAACAGAGGCAGCAGUUUGUCUUGCCCAGCGUGGAUGGGCACAAACUUUAUACAUUCCGAGUCCGAAGCCGCUUCAGCCCUUACUGUGGCAAUGCCCAGCAGUGGAGUCAAUGGAGCCAUGUGGUUCAGUGGGGGGGCAGAAGGCCACGGGAGCAGCCCCCGCUGCCCCUGCUGGAGACCGUGCUCAUCCCUCUUGGCCUUCUCACUGGGUUCAUUAUCCUCAUCACCAUGCUCACUCGGCUGGAGCGGGUAUGGGUCAUCCUGAUGCCCCGAAUACCCAACCUCAAGAGCCUGGAUGACCUGGUUACCACGUACCAGGGAAACUUCUCGACAUGGAGUGGUGUGUCCAAGGGACUGGCUGAGAGUCUGCAGCCAGACUACAGUGAGAGGCUGUGUCACGUCAGUGAACUCCCCCCCAAGACUGGGGCCCAAGCAGAGGGAUCCGAGGUCUCCCCCUGCAGCCAGCACAGCCCUUACUGGGCCCCUCCACCAAGCUACAGCCUGGACCCGGAGCCCUGAGGCUGGACUCGCACACCCUGCCAACCGAUAGCCAAGCCCUGGCCUCCCAAGGAUGCUUUGCCAGUCCCACAGCCCUCUUCUCCUUCUGGGUACCCCCACCUCUGUACCUGCCCACCCUGGCUGGCCUGAAUCCUUUCUUUGUCCUCCCCUCCAGCCCUGGCCCUUCCUUGGCUCUGGACUCUCCCUCCCUCCUCCCUACUAUUCCUGGAUCAAUGGGAAAAAAAAAAAGAAUAAAGUUUCGGUU